AUGCAGCAUCAUGCGCUGUUCGGAUAUCCAACGCCUCCCGCAUCCCCUGCCUACGACCACGUCAAGUGUGGCAACAGCAGCCAGCCAGAAGCUUACUCGACGAGGCACGUCGCGUCGAGACAUGUCCCGCUUGCUCCUGAGCAGAGACUCGGAAGACUCUUGGAAGGCAAGCUCCAGCUGACCGACAUUCUCGGCACAGGCGCCUACGGCGUCGUCUACUCUGCCGCCGACGUCAAGACGGGCGUUCGCUACGCGGUCAAGUGCCUGAGCAAGUUCAACGCCGACGGGACGCCGCUGGAACGCCGGCAGGUCGCCUACCAGCAGCGGGAGAUCAGGCUUCACUACCUGGCUUCGGGGCACCCCAACGUCGUGUCCAUGCUCAAGAUUGUCGACGAUGCCGACUCCAUCUACGUCAUCCUGGAGUACUGCCCGGAGGGCGACUUGUUCCUCAACAUCACCGAGCUCGGCCAGUACGUGGGCAAGGACGAGCUCGCCCGCAGCGUCUUCCUCCAGAUCCUGGAUGCCGUCGAGCACUGUCACAAGCUGGGCAUCUACCACCGAGAUCUCAAGCCCGAGAACAUCCUGGUCACGGACAAUGGGAACACUGUCAAGCUGGCCGAUUUCGGCUUGGCCAUAGCCGACGAACGCUCGGAGGACUACGGGUGCGGCUCAACCUUUUACAUGAGUCCUGAAUGCCUGGAUGCCUCCACGCGGAAACCGUACUACAUGUGCGCGCCCAACGAUGUCUGGUCCCUCGGCGUCAUUCUCGUCAACCUGACGUGCGGUCGCAAUCCGUGGAAGCAAGCCUCCUUCCAAGACUCGACCUACCGCGCCUACGCCCAGUGUCGGGAUUUCUUGAAGACGAUUCUGCCGCUGACGGAUGAGCUGAACGACAUUCUGGGCCGAAUCUUCGACCCGAAUCCGGACCUGAGAAUUACGCUCGCCGACCUGCGACGCCUCAUCAUGGCCUGCCCGCAGUUCACCAUCCCCGCUCCCUCGGCGGCGCAGCUCGUGCCGGACUCGGUUGGCGGCGAGGAGGCCAUUGUCGACGACUACGAGUACGACUCUCCGCUGUCGCCGGCCAGCACCAACUCGGACGAGGGGUCGCUGACCUCUAGCGGAUCCACCCUCGACGACCUCGAAGACCUCGACGACGACGACGACGACGACGACGACGACGAUUUCGCCCAGGAGGAGCAGCAGCAGCAGCAGCAGCAGCAGCAGCAGCAGCAGCAGCUUCAGCUUCAGCUUCAGCAGCAACGACAACAUCAACAACAACAACGACAUGACGCCCCUGCACCCGUUUGCGACCCCGCAGCCUAUGGGCACGAGCAGCGCAGAGAGGAUGGCAUGUUUCAGCGCCACGCAAUGUCACCGCCGUUUGGCGCGCAGGCGGGAGCGCUGCCGCUGCCUCUGCCGCUGCCUCUCCAUCAUGUCCCACCACUCCCGCCCGCGGCCUGUCAACAGGCACCGGUGCCCAUGCAGGCUCCGGUGCCCGUCCAGGUUCCGUGCCAGCCCAAGUCCUUCUUCCUGUGGGAAGUAGUCAGAUACGUUCAGCAGGUUCCCAUGAUGCAGCAUCCCGUUGCGUUUCAGCAGGUCCCCUUUAUCCCGUCGUUUCAAGGCUGCUACUAG